AAAAGAUAUUGGAUAUUGGAUAUUGGAGUGGCUAGACUACCAUCGAUUGGAAGCUACCAAGUGCCUGGAACCGUACCGAAAGAACAAGAAGCGAGUAAAAAGAAAUCAACUGGUUUAAACUAGCUCUUGUAAAAGAUAUUUGGUAUUGAGGAUUGCAGCUAUUUGUGUAUUGAGCAAUUUCAGGUCGAAACAUAUACUAGUUUAAAUGCUCUAAAAACGGUAAACAGCUGAUCUCCGACGUUUGAUGAAAUGCUGAGACCCCAAAAUGUGUUCCAUUCGAUCACUUCAAAUUUGAAUCGUGCAAGAUGUGUAAAAUCAAUCCAUUCCGUUGUUUGUGCAAUAUCAGGUGGUGUAGACAGUGCCGUAUCUGCAUAUCUUCUCAAAAAGAAAGGAUUUCAAGUCAAAGGUUUAUUUAUGACAAAUUGGGAUGCAUUAGAUGAAAACACUAUGUGUUCCCUGGAUAAAGAUCGUCAAGAUGCUCAAUUUAUUUGUGAUCACUUGGGAAUACCAUUUUUUGAGAAGAAUUUUGUCAAAGAAUAUUGGAAUUAUGUAUUUUUACCACUUAUUAAAUCCUAUGAACAAGGUGCUACACCAAAUCCAGAUAUAUUAUGUAAUCGAUUUAUAAAAUUCAAUUUGUUAACAAAAGCAGUGUUAAAAAACCACCAACAAUCUGAUAACAAUGACAAUAAUAAUAGUAAUGAUCAAACACCGUCAAAUGUAACCGCAGAUGCAAUUGCCACUGGACAUUAUUGUCAAAAUUCUUUUGGAAAUUAUUUACAACAUCGUAAGGACAAUAAUGUUGAAGCUAGAUUAUUACGUUCUGUUGACGCGGUGAAAGAUCAAACAUUUUGGUUAUCAACUAUUUCUCAUAAACAACUUUCACACUGUAUGUUUCCAGUUGGAAAUUUAUUAAAAACUCAAGUAAAACAAAUUGCUCAAGAUAUUGGUCUUUCGCGUAUUUACACUAGACGUGAAAGUAUGGGUAUGUGUUUUAUUGGUAAACGACGAUUCUCUGAAUUUAUUGAUAAUUACUUAGAACCAAGGUCUGGCAUUUAUAAAGAUCUUGAAACUGAUCAAGUUUUGGAUGAACAUACAGGUAUACAUCAUUUUACUUUGGGUCAACGUGUUCCUAUGAAACGAUUUAAUGGACCUUAUUAUGUUAGUAAAAUGGAUUAUCAAAAGCAAAUAAUUUACGUAGUACGUGAUCCAGCUCAUCCAAGUUUAUUUAUGCGUAAAUGUUGGUCUGGUCCUGCAGUUUGGAUUAAUUCUGAAUCAUUUUCAUCGAUAAAUUCAAGAACUAUUCAAUUUCAAUGGCAAAAUAAAUGGCGUCCAGUGAAGUGUAUUCUGAAACCAUUCAAUGAUUUGCCUUUAGCAUCAGCUUACGUGAAAAAAAACAUGCAACGUCGUUGUCUUUCGAAUGUAGAAGACAAUGAUUUAGCAUUGGCUAGUGUAAUUGAUACGUCAAUUGAAGAUAACAACAGCAACAGCAACAACAACAACCGAAUGAUUGGACCAUGUUUAUCUAUUGAAUUAGAAGUACCAAUGCGUUGUAUUGCACCAGGACAAUGGUGUGCAUUUUAUGAUGGGAAUUUAUGUUUAGGUGGAGCAAUGAUAUGCGGCUCUGUUAGUCUUUGGGAAGAAGGUCAUAAUACAUUAUAUCAUGAAUGGAAACAUGAAGAUUAUGAAUUGACAUAUGGUUGAAUUUAAGUAUUAUAUAAGUAAUAUGUAUAGUAUAUAUAUUCUUGCUGUAAAUAAUUUAUGAAUUGGUCAAUAAAUGAUAUCACUGUA